CAUUUUCUUUAUGGUGAAAGCCGCCCGGAAGUAGCGCAUCGGACAAGCUAGGGAGAAAACCAAAACGGCCAAGUUAGAAGGGCGACUGGGCUUUGUUGAGGCUACUUGAGCCAUGGCGGGCACGGCGCUCAAGCGCUUAAUGGCGGAAUACAAGCAGUUGACUUUGAAUCCUCCUGAAGGCAUUGUAGCAGGGCCCAUGAAUGAAGAAAAUUUCUUUGAGUGGGAAGCUUUGAUAAUGGGUCCAGAAGACACGUGCUUUGAGUAUGGAGUUUUUCCUGCUAUUCUGAGUUUUCCUCUUGAUUAUCCUUUAAGUCCUCCAAAGAUGAGGUUCACAUGUGAAAUGUUUCAUCCCAACAUUUAUCCAGAUGGGAGAGUUUGCAUUUCCAUUCUUCAUGCUCCUGGAGAUGAUCCAAUGGGCUAUGAGAGCAGUGCAGAACGAUGGAGUCCUGUGCAAAGUGUGGAGAAGAUCCUCUUGUCAGUGGUUAGCAUGCUAGCAGAACCAAAUGAUGAAAGUGGAGCCAAUGUGGAUGCUUCUAAAAUGUGGCGAGAAGACAGAGAACAGUUCAACAAAAUAGCCAAACAAAUUGUCCAGAAAUCACUUGGUCUUUAAAAAAAAUACCAAACAAAACAAAACAUCUGAAAUUCUUGACAGUCUUACUGUUGAACAUUUUAUAGAGAGAAAGUGAUAGUAGAACUCUGAGCUGGUACCAAAAGACAAAUCUUGCAAAACUGUUCAUUAAAUUUUGUUCCUCCCUGUAUAUAAGCAUGCACCAACAUUUUUACACUUUGGAAGAAAAAUCUUUCUCAAUUUAAGACAUAUCAAUAGAUGGGAUGCAAAUACAGUACUGUAGAGCUGUAAUCAUUUUCUAUUAGUAAAAACUUCUUAAAACUUAAAACUUCUCUGCAGUUAUACCUAUAAUAAUGACCAUAUUAUCUUUCAUUACAGUAUCAUUCACCUGUGUAAGUAGUAGGAUUGAGAUGAUCUAUGAAUAUCUUACUGCUCAGAAAAGUAGUGAAAUAUUGUUAAUGGAAAUUAUUUGUUGCCAAUGAGAAUUAUCCUUUUAAGGAUUUUUAUUUACAUAACCUCAUUUAAUAAAAAAAGAAUGUUGACCAUCAAAAUGUUACACAAUAAAGUGAACUAUCUUUGUCCUGGGGAAGAA